AUGAACGAUUUAUCAUCAAAAUAUCAAUGUAUUCGAGUUCUACGCUAUGAUUCAACAAUUAAUAAUGAAGAAUCAGUUGAGAUUAAUUUAUCUAUGAAAAAAAAACUUAUUGGAAAAGGUACAUUUGCUAUAGUUUAUAAAUCAUAUAUAGAAAAUACAAAAGAAUUUAUUGCAAUUAAAGAAAUUAUUGUUGAUCAUACACAUAAAAAUCGUGAAUUAGAAAUUUUACGUGAAUUAAAUCAUCCAAAUAUAAUUAAAUUAAAAUAUUAUUUUUUUAAACAAAAAAUAAAUAAUAAUAAUAUAUUAUGUUUAAUUAUAGAAUUAUUUCCUGAAACUAUUUAUUCAUUAAUUCAACGAUGGCAUAGAAAAUUAAAUUCAUCAUUAAUUGAUAUUAAUCAAAUUAAAUUAUUUACAUUUCAAAUAUUUCAUGCUCUUGCUUAUCUUCAUGCUCGUGGUAUUGCACAUCGUGAUAUAAAACCAAGUAAUCUUUUAGUCAAUUGUCAAAAAGGUUUACUUAAAAUAUGUGAUUUUGGUACAGCUAAAUAUUUAUUACCUAAUGAUAUUAGUGUAUCAUAUAUUUGUUCACGUUAUUAUCGAGCACCAGAAUUAAUUGUUGGUUGUACAUCGUAUACAACUAGUAUUGAUAUAUGGGCAGCUGCAUGUGUUCUUACAGAAUUUUAUUCUGGUGUACCUUUAUUUAAAGGUGUAUAUAUAUGUAUUGAUCAAAAUGAUCAACUUUUUCGAAUCAUUCUUCUCUUGGGUGAACCUAAUGUUGAUGAAAUACAUGAUAUGAAACCAAAAUCUGAUAUAAUCAUUCAUCAAUAUAUUCAACAUAAAAUAUCUCUUAUCAAUAAACCGAAAACAAUUAUUGAACAUUUAACAUCUAUAACUAAAUCUGAUCUUGUUUGUGUUCAAUUUUGUUUACGUCUAUUUCGAUAUUCACCUAAUCAACGUUUAACAGCAUUAUAUGCAUUAAAUGAUAAAUAUUAUGAUGAAAUUUGUCAAAAAAAAAAUCUUUAA